GGGUAUAUAAUUUUAAGUCCGUCUGCGUUUACACGUGCCAGAUUGGCGAGUAUAUAGAUGUGAUCACUGCACAUGCAGACAGUACGGGGCUUUUAAUUGCACAUCCUCCGCACUCACCGAAAUCACCGAGAAGCAUCCCAAUCAUGGCUUUUGCGGACCGCUUUACGAAAACAUGCUGGAAGAAGUUUCACGCCGACCGAUGGAACAACCAGCUGUUCUACGUUUUACGCGCCUUACACAAGUCUGCAGCCAGCAAGGCUUUGGAGAUCCCCGCACCCGGAGAGGAGGCGGUAUCAGACAGAAUGAUCACACCGGCCGAUGUCGGUGAGAAAACGAGAAUUAAGACCCUCAAAGAGAUGCCGGGGCCCAGCACCCUUUCCAACUUGAUCGAGUUCUUUUGGAGAGACGGCUUCAGCAGGAUCCACGAGAUUCAGAUGGAUCACAGGAAGAAAUUUGGGAAAAUCUUCAAGUCUCGCUUUGGGCCCCAGCUGGUGGUGUCUGUUGCUGAUCGUGACCUGGUGGCCGAGGUACUCCGGGCCGAGGGUGUGGCACCCCAGAGGGCUAAUAUGGAUUCCUGGAAGGAGUACAGGGACAUGAGAGGCCGUUCCACGGGCCUGAUCUCAGCUGAGGGAGAUGACUGGCUCAAGAUGCGAAGUGUACUGAGACAACUUAUCAUGCGUCCCCGUGAUGUCGCCGUCUUCUCUGAUGAUGUCAACAAAGUUGUAGACGAUCUGAUCAACAGGGUGUAUAGCCUGCGUGCCCAGCAGUCGGAUGGAGCCACUGUACUGAAUGUGAAUGAUCUCUUCUUUAAAUACGCCAUGGAAGGUGUGGCUGCUAUUUUGUACGAGUGCAGACUAGGAUGUCUGGAAGAGAAUAUUCCCCAAAAAACCAAAGAAUACAUCUCUGCCCUGAACCUCAUGUUCAGUUCCUUUAAAAUGACGAUGUAUGCCGGAGCUAUCCCCAAAUGGCUCCGACCUGUGAUUCCCAAACCAUGGGAGGAGUUCUGUCUCUCCUGGGAUGGCCUCUUCAAAUUCAGCAUCAUUCACGUUGAUAAGAGGUUCACAGAGAUAAAGGCCCAGCUGCAGCGGGGAGAGGAGGUGAAGGGGGGUGCCCUCACACACAUGCUCAUUAAUAAGGAAAUGAGCUUGGAGGAGAUCUAUGCCAAUGUAACAGAGAUGCUCCUGGCCGGGGUUGACACGACAUCCUUCACCUUGUCUUGGGCAAGCUAUCUGUUGGCAAAACAUCCUCACAUACAGCAGCAAAUCUAUUCAGAAGUAGCCCAGACUCUGGGGCCUGGGACGGUCCCCACGGCCGACGAUAUCACAAACAUGCCUCUUAUCAGAGGGCUUGUCAAAGAGACUCUCAGGCUUUUUCCAGUUCUCCCGGGCAACGGACGGAUUACCCAAGAUGACUUGGUGGUUGGUGGAUACUUCAUUCCAAAGGGGACUCAGUUGGCUCUGUGUCACUAUUCCACAUCUCUGGAAGAGGAGAACUUUGCGGACGCUACAGACUUCCGGCCAGACCGCUGGGUGCGAAAAGAUGUCACAGAUCGCGUCGACAACUUUGGCUCGAUUCCCUUCGGCUACGGCAUUAGGAGCUGCAUUGGCAGGAGAAUCGCAGAGUUGGAGAUGCAUCUUGCUCUCACAAGGCUCAUUCAAAAGUUCCACAUCCGCAUGUCUCCUCUCACUACCGACGUCCAGGCCAAAACCCACGGGCUGCUCUGCCCUGCUGAGCCCAUCAACCUGCAGUUCAUCGAGAGGGAAAAGUAGACCCAGGCUUUUCCCCAAAUGGUCAACUUCACCAGAUGUAUCUAAAGGCUCUGAUUCAUUAUCAAAGGCACUGAAAUACACUGCUUUUAGAUCAUUUUCAAUAGUUUUAUCUUAGAUACUGAGGUUUUACUCGGGUAAAAAAUGUCUGUGGUGCUUGAUAAGAGACACAACUAUGUGUAAAUAGUAUAAGCUGUAAACACUGAAUGUAUAGUAUUUGAACUUAGAACCACUGUAGUUCAUUUUCCAUUAUUCCCUCCAUUUAUCCUAUUCAAAAUGGUGACUGGAAUUAUGAACUAGUCUCUAUUACUUUUACUCUCUUAUUAUAUCAGUAUGCAUAAAAAUAUAUCACAAUGUGUGCACAUGAUUCUUUCAAGCUUCAAGAAAGCAAUUUACUGAAAUGCUGAGGGGCAGCUAUGAAUGUACUAAAAAUUAGUUGUCAUGAGUUGUUACAAACCAAAAUAUUCAAAGAUUUUGAUUUUUUUCAUGUCUUUGUUUAGAAAAAGAGGCAUUCCAAGUUUUUUUUUAUUGUAUUGUAUGAGCUGUAUCCCCUAACUAAACUUAGCUGAAGGAGUCUUUUUAGAUGAGAGAUGAAAAAUCCAGUUGCCUUUUUUCAGACUCUUGGGAUCAUACUCAAAACAUUGAAUACAAAUAUCUUUCUCCGCAACUGAAUUAAUGACUGUUACAAUAUUUUUGUGUACACGUAUUUUACUAAAAAUAUGUUUUACCUUUUUUUUGUUGACAUACAUUUGAUCAUAGUGGGGAUAAGAAAUGAUUGUUAUUAUAUGAUAUUGUUCGAACAGAUUUGAAUGAAUCAAAAGGUACAUUCUGAUAAGCUAUGAUACAUGUUUUUAUUAAACACAAUAUGUGUAGAUAAUGAAGUGUCUGAGGCUAACGUGCAGCUUGUGGGAGUUUAUUCUACAGUCAUGUUGGCAUUUUCAGAAGGGAAAAGCAUGUCAGAAUAGUUUGUUACAAAGGGAUAAGACAAGUUGCUUGAAGGGUCACACUGACAGAUAUGAAGUUACAUUGGAAUAUAUGUAUACAUUUCCAGAUUGAUAUAUUAUCUGUAUUUACAUUUUUGUAGUUCCAGUGAAACUGAGAAACAAUAAAAU